AAAUUUAUCCAAAGAAGCUUCAUCACUGCCGUCGAUCCAGUCAUCAUCCCUUGCUCCCAUUCGAAGCUGCAAGCGAAUUCGCCUUUCCCGUCACUUCUCUUUCCUCUCCUUCGCCGCCGCUUCCGAAAAUGGUGACGAGGUGGGGCGAGAAGAGCCCCGGGCUCAAGAUCCUCUGGAUUUGGACCCUGGGCACCGCCGCAAUUUUAGUCACCAACGUUGUGAGGACGCGAUUGCACGACAUGGAGCAGCUGCUGAGGGAAGAAGACGCCGCCGCUGCGGGGGCUAACCCUACCUCCCCUUCUUCCAGAGAGCAGAUCCUUAAAGACGAAUGAUCACUCUAUGGGAAACGAACCAGAGAACAGAGAAUGUCAGCAUCAAACAGUUAGCUAUUUGCAUCAUUUCUGAGCUGCUGGUUAAAGAACAUUCCCAGAGCAUCGGUUAUUUUACUCCUUUCCUGAUUCCUGAAAUGCCUUUAGGACCGAAAAAAAUGUUGACGAUGAUGUGAAAAACCUCGUAUGCCUGUUUAAGUUAUCUGUAGUAUAUUCUAAUGAUUCGUGAAUGGAAAUUGAUGUAUGACUUUAUGACUUGAACGAAAAUCGAGACAAUAGAUCUCUUCUUUUGAGUUAUCU